GUGUUUGGAAGGAAAUAUCAGGAUCUUAACUGAACCACUCACUCUUGACGCUGAUCCUUCUCUCCCUUCUUUCUCGGUAUUACUGAUAGCUCAGUGAUGUGGUUGGUGAUCAUUUUGAUGAGGACGGAGAUGUCUUUCAUCUACUAAAUAUGCAAGAUUGGAAGACAAAUAGAGUGCAACUGAAAUAUGAUAUCUCCUACCGCUGAUUUGAUAAGCCCCAAGAUGGCAUAUUUUUGGUGCAAGAUUUGUGUAGCGAAGGACAAUUAGGUUCUGCCAGAUAACAGAUUUGACCCUGUUGGCCCAUCUGAAAUUAAAUAAUUUAUUGCAAUGGAUCUUAGCUUGGCUGGUGAUUCUUCUCCGCCUCGUCCCAGAUGGAGGAAAGUAGCUUAUGGUGGUAUGCAACCUGGUUAUGAUGAUAAUCAUACUGAUGAAUCUUUCCUUGAAGGAAUGGUCAUGAAUGCCAGUGUUGUAAAAAGGGACAUGCUAAAGGUGAUGCUUGACUCAGUUUCCAUUUCUGAAUAUUUAUGCGUUGUCGCUCUAGUUGUCUUGGUCUGGGCUUAUACACUUACAUCAACUCUUGAUGAAAAUUCUCUCCUGUUUAUUGAUGUAAGUCUUCUAGUUUCAGGUUUUUUAAUUCUCCUUUUUACUCAAGAAAUGCUUUCCUUUAGCCUUCUCCUCCAUUAUUUCCUGAAUAUCUCCUUUUUCAUAACUGGGUUAUAUGUUUUGGCUCCCAUCUAUCAAACUCUUACAAGGUCCAUUAGUUCGGAUUCAAUUUGGGCAGUAACCGUAUCACUUCUCAUACUUCACCUUUUUCUGCACGACUAUUCAGAAUCCACUGUCAAAGCUCCAGGGGUUCUGAAGAAUCCUGCAUUGACCAGUUGUAUCUCUGUAAAUGCUUCUGUAGUCGCCUCUCUUUUUAUUGCUUCUCGCCUUCCAUCAAGACUACAUGUGUUUGCUAUCAUGUUAUUCUCAUUGCAGGUUUUCCUUUUUGCUCCACUGGUUACUUACUGUAUUAAAAAAUACUCCUUCCGCUUACACCUAUGCUUUUCUAUCACUUUGAUGGCCAUGACGUUAAGUUUUGUGUACAUGCUGCAUCGCUUACUCUUUGUGCUGCUGCUUAGUUUGUUGGUUUUUGUCAACGUAGUCUGCCCUUAUUGGCUUAUAAGGAUUCAAGAAUACAAAUUUGAGAUCAAUGGGCCUUGGGAUGAGGCUAAGCUUUGCUUUGAUAUUAGAGACUGAAAUCAGAACAUGGUUGAUAUGGAAUUGGAGUGCCUUAUGAACUAUGUUGAAGUGGGUGUUUAAUUAACUGACUCCUUGUCUAUUUUAAGUUAUAAGUUUAUGGAAACGUCCUUGCUGUUCUUAUUAGAAGAGGGUAAGAAAAUGACAUUUGUACUCAUGUUUUAGAAUGAUAACUGAUGAUAGUUUCAAAAUUA